AAAUCAAAACAAAAUAAUACGCCCAUUUCCAAAAGAUCAGGAGAUCCAGUAGCUUUUUGUAGACUGCUUUCUCUCUGCUGCGCUGCCUAGUAGCUUAUACCUAUUCGCCAUUUCUAGCUCACCUGCAAGAGAAGAUGGAUUCCACAUCUGCAAGACGUUUGACAGUGCUCAAAGGACACUUGGAAUGCAAGGGUGUGUCUCCUGCAGCCUGCAACUCCAUGCAGUCUAGUGCUCCAAUGUCAAGCAGUAAAAAUGAAGUACAGAAAGCAUUUCCAAGAGAGAGACAAGAUGUGGUCAAAUGGAAUGGGUGGGGCUACAAAGACUCGGGCUUCACCAUAAACGACAAGGGGAAUGCUCAAUUCUUAGGGAAGAGAUAUGCCAUCGGUGGUCAGGAGCUCCCCUACUUUCGCAAGUGGAUGGAGGAUAACGUUAGCUUGGACAUCAAUCAGACUUCCUUCUCUCAGCCCCGCCCCCCUCCUGAGGCAAUCCCGGCCCCCAACCUCCCUAGCCAGGCGUUCAUUGAUGAGAUCACCCAUCACUGCAAGACCUACACUGACACCCCUGACGACAGAGUCUUCAGAUCACAUGGUCACACUUGUCACGAGCUGUUUUCUCUGCGGACGGGAAAAGUUGGACGAAUUCCUGACCUUGUUGUGUGGCCCCGUACCCAUAACGACGUUGAAGUCAUAGUACAAGCUGCCCUCAAGCACAACGUCUGCUUAAUACCAUUCGGAGGGGGUACCAAUGUAUCCGGAGCACUGCAGUGCCCCCCUGAGGAGCAAAGACCCAUAGUCUCCCUAGACAUGACAGAGAUGGACAAGAUCCUCUGGAUAGACGAAGAGAACCUCACUGUGUGUGUGGAGGCGGGCUGUGUGGGACAGGACCUCGAGAGAAGGCUGCGUGAGGUGGGAUUCAUGACGGGGCACGAGCCAGACUCGCUGGAGUUCAGCACUGUGGGAGGUUGGGUGGCCACUCGCUCCUCCGGCAUGAAAAAGAACAUCUACGGUAACAUUGAGGACCUCCUUGUGAGGGUGAGGAUGGUCACUCCUCGGGGGACACUGGAAAGGAAUGUGCUGGGUCCUCGCAAUUCCAUUGGCCCAGACGUCCAACACUUUAUCCUGGGCUCUGAGGGUAUACUUGGUGUCAUCACGGAAGUAACGAUGCGAAUCCGUCCCCUCCCUGAGACACGGAAGUAUGGCUCUGUCGUGUUCCCCUCGUUCCAACCAGGAGUCAACUUCAUGAGGGAGGUCGCCAGACAGCGCUGUGCCCCAGCCUCUAUUCGACUGAUGGACAACUGGCAGUUCCAGAUGGGCCAGGCCAUGAAACCAGCUGUCUCUCUCUUCAAGUCUUUCACUGAUGCUCUCAAGAAACUCUACAUCACAAAAUUCAAAGGAUUUGACCCCUAUGAGAUGGUAGCUUGCACUCUGCUAUUUGAAGGUUCAGCUGAGGAAGUUGCAGCAAACGAACAAAAGAUUUACGAGAUUGCUAAAAGAUUUGGAGGGGUGCCGGCUGGAGAGGAGAACGGUCGCCGUGGUUAUCUUUUCACAUUUGUCGUCGCUUACAUCCGGGAUUUCGGUUUUGACUACACCUAUCUGGCCGAGUCCUUUGAGACGUCUGUUCCCUGGAGUCGUGUUUCUGAGCUCAUACGUAACGUCAAGAGCUGUGUGAGGAAGGAGUGUUCUCAACAAGGGAUCAUGGUGCAAGAUCAGCCCCUCAUCUCUGCUAGGGUAACCCAAACGUACGAUGCUGGAGCAUGUAUCUACUUCUACUUGGUGUUCAACUAUGCUGGUCACAAUGAUCCAAUCAGAGCAUUCGAUGAGAUUGAGAAUGCAGCAAGAGACGAGAUUCUAGCGAGUGGAGGAAGUCUAUCCCAUCACCACGGAGUUGGCAAGAUCCGUAAGCAGUGGAUGGAGCAAACUAUCUCGAGACCGGGAGUGGAGAUACUAAAAGCCAUCAAAGAUCGAGUGGACCCUCAAAACAUCUUUGGUGCUGGGAACCUCAUACCAAACUGAACGCAUUUUAUUAUAGGUCUUUUUAGGUUUUAUUGCCUCUUAUUAUUAUUUUUGUGAUUUUGAACUAUUUUUUGGCAUGAUUACGUCAAGAGUUAUCUAUACUCUUGUGCAUGUGUACAAUAACAUGAGACAUUUUGUGAGCAGUGUUGUG